AUGGCGCCCAAGAACCGCAUUAUCAUCGACACCGACCCGGGUGUUGAUGAUGUCCUCGCCAUUUUGCUGGCGCUCAGCGCGUCGCCCGAGGACUUGGAGGUGGUCAUGCUGUCGGUGACGUACGGCAACGUGCCGUUGCAAGGCUGCCUACGCAAUGUCGUGGCGCUCUUCCACGUCCUGGAGAAGGAGAUGGCAUGGCGGGAAUCGACCGGCCGGACGAGCAAGGCGUUUGGCGGUCUGAAGGCGUUCAAGCCGAUCGUUGCCAUCGGCGCCGAGCACGCGCUGGAGGACGAGGAGCUCAUGGCCGACCACUUCCACGGCGCUGACGGCCUGCAUGGCGUGCAUGAAGCUCACCCGGACCUUACGCCGUCCGAGACAUGGCGGUCCCUGUUUGCUGACGGCGACGCCCCUGCCGCAUCGGAUGCGCUGUCCUUCUCGUCCUACUUUACGCCCUCCAAGACACCGUCGCACAAGGAGAUUCUGCGCAUCCUCAAAGAGGAGCCGGCCGACACGAUCACGAUCAUUGCCAUUGGUCCGCUGACCAACAUGGCGCUCGCCGCCGCCGAGGACCCGGAGACGUUCUUGCGUGUCAAGGAGCUCGUCGUCAUGGGCGGCGCCGUCCACGUCGAGGGCAACAUCACGCCCGUCGCCGAGUUCAACUGCUAUGCCGACGCCGUGGCCGCGGCCCGCGUCUACGCCCUCACCUCGCCCACGCCCGCGUCCACCAUGCCGCCCACGCUGCACGGCGCGUCCAAGCUGCCGCCAUACCCCGCCACGCUGUCCCGGACCCUGUCUCUGACGCUGCUGCCGCUCGACAUCACGACGCCGCACCUGCUGAACAAGAACUUCUUCCUCGGGCAGAUUGCAAGCGCCGAGCAGGCCGGCAGUCCGCUGGCGCGCUGGUGCCGGACGUUCAUGGUGGGCACGUUCAACAAGAUCGAGUCCAUCCUGGGCGACGGCAGCGAGCCGGGGCUGUCCCUGCACGACCCGCUGUGUGUGUGGUACAUGAUGCUGCGGGACGACCCGCGGUGGACGGCGACGGCGAAGCCCGAGGACCUGCGCGUGGAGACGUCGGGCCAGUGGACGCGCGGCAUGCACGUCGUGGACCGGCGGCAGCGCAGCAAACCGGGCGACCACACGGAAGGGUUUGCCAGCGUCGCAGCCAAUGCCAUUGUGCAGAGCGACGGCAGUGCCGGGACACCGGCCGCCGCAGCGCCAUCUGCUGCGGCAGCCGGCGACGACAACGUCCCCGGCGACACCAUGGGCUGGUUGAGCGUGCGUAAGGGCAACCGCAUCAACCGCAUCGUCGGGUCGCCGGGCGAGCUGGCCUUUGCCGAUGUCCUGAUGAAGAGCCUGUUUGCCUGA